GCGCGUUGUGUCGCGUCGCGCUGACUUGACGUGCCGCUGCGCUGAUGGCGGCGGGGCUGGCGGAGGGUCGCACCGAGGAGGGAGAGCGAGGAGGCGGGGGACCGGAGAGACGGAGAGAGGAGGCCCCGGCGGCACCGAGCACCGACACCCCAGCAGCGAACACACCGACGACGGCGGCGCCAAAGCCCGCGGAGCGACACGGAGGAGGACGGACGGAUGGAUGGAGCGGUCUAAAACCAACAUGGCCGCCUAUAACCAAACACCAAGAUUCUUCUAAGUAUUACAUAUACAAUUUAGGACCUCCUAUUGGCCAGCAUCCCGUCUCGUCCCACCAGCCGCUGCUACAGUUGCAGUUAUUGUUUGUUAGCUGAAGUGCAGUGAAACUAGCUAUAGGGGGCGCUAUCCUGUGAAUGAAAUAGACACUCCCGUGCUAGACGAUGAGCUCAGAAAAGUGACAGUGAAAGUUGCAGGCUAGCAGCUGAAAAAUGUAGAUUAGCUUCAUUCUGAAACUGCCUGCAGCUAGCGGCUAACAGCUAUCAAACAAACCGAAAACAAACUGUGCAGAAGUGAAAUUCAGUCUGAAAACAGACUAGACAAAAAUGUAGCUGGACUGUGAUCUCAAUCCGAGUGUUCAGCGGCUAACGGCUAGUUAGCGGCUAGCAAGCAGCGGUGGCGCGGGGCUGAUUGUGGGCGGAGCAGGGGUGCGAUGGAGUACCACUCCGGUGGCAGCCUGCCCCUGCUGGGGAGACCGCGGUACUGCCCUGGGGCCAGCGCUAACGGAGGAUACCUGUGUGAGACGGGACACUGCUGUGGAGAAACCGGCUGCUGCACCUACUACUACGAACUCUGGUGGUUCUGGCUGCUGUGGACCGUCCUCAUUCUGUUCAGCUGCUGCUGCGCCUACAGACACCGCCGAGCCAAACUACGAGUCCAGCAGCAGCAGAGGCAGCGAGAGAUCAGCCUGCUGGCCUACCAUGGAGCCAACUCCUACCCGUCCUCCAUGCUUGACCUCAGUUUCCUGGCGUCGCUGAAGCUGCCGUCCUACGAGGAGGUGGCGGCUCAGCCCUCCACCCCUCCACCUCCUUACAGCUCCGUCUUCACCACGCCUCGGUACCCGCAGCCUCCACGCGCCUCCGACCCCCACCUGCUGACGCAACACGGCCCGCUGCUGCACCGUCCGCUCAGCGACGGGCCCUCCUCCCUCAGCUCCGACAACAGCUCCAGCUGUUCCUGUGACUCCUGCUGCCCCUCCUCUCCAUGUAGCUCCUCCCUAUCCGCACCAGUCACUUAUGAGACAGACACAAGCCACGCCUCCACGCCUAGCGAGGCCAUGCCCCUCACCCUCGAUGUCACCAUGGAGACCAUCACUGCUGCCGCUACCCGCUUGGAGGCAAAUGAGGCUCGACUUGCUGCUGAGAAAAUGGCCACCGCGGUGGCCGUAGACAUUGACGAAGUAGACGCUGCUGGAGCUCAGGAACCCAUUGCCACGGACUCAUCUGUUCCCAACCAGACUGUUACUGUGGCGGUUGUUACCAGGGUGGCUUCCCCUCAGCCUUCACCCUCAUCUGGUCCCAUGCUGACCCUUCCUAUCGGAACGACAUCUCCCACAAUGCAGCAGUUGGACAAAGUACCAGGUACCCCGAUGGUCAGCACCUGUAGCUCAAGUACCCUCCCCAGUCCCAGUGCUGUUGAUGCAGCUCUCCCCUCCAUCCAGAUGAUAAGCACCGAGGGUCCAGCAACCAUCCCUGCCCCCAAGACCACCUGCAUGUCAGGGCCUCCUACCCCAACAGGUAGCGCUUCUCUCAGCCCUGAAGCUCCUGAAGCCCUAGAAACCCUUACACUAACAAGAACUUGUGACACAGCCACUGUUCCUGGUAGCCCAACCUCAGCACCAUCCCCAGAUGUUGGAAGAACUUUGGUCCUGAUAGCAGAUUCUGCUGGUCUCCCAACGUUGAACCCAAGUCUUAGCCUUGUGCCAGUUCUGGCACCUUCAAAGCAUACCCAAGAUCAAGAACCAGAAUCACUGCUCUCAACGCAUACCCAAGCUCCAGAUCCUGCACCUUUAGACCAGAUUCUGGUUCCGAAUGCACAACCUCAAACCAACGCAGACUCCUUGAGUAAGAAUAACGAAACUCCAAAACCUGAAUGUUCAGAUCUUGCCCUAGAUGCAGCACUCACUUCACCCAUAUCAGCUCAGAACCUACUACUGUCAUGUGGACCAGGUCUUGUCCACUUUCCUCCGAGUCCAGAGGCGGGGUCCUCACAACACUCAGGUUCUGAUGCGGUUCUAUCUUGUCUAGAUUCACCUGCAGUUGCAGACCGUUCAUUUCCUUCUUUGGUCCAUUUUCAAUCAUCAGACCCUGUCCUUCCAUUGCCUUCAGAUGUCCACACUGGUUUGAGUUCCGAUUCUGGUUCUGGAUCACGCUCUGGAUCAGGUCCUCUGAUCACCUCUACCCCAGUUCUCACCUUCUCAACACCUGGGUCCACCUCUGUCUUCUGCCCAGCCAUAAACAUAGAGUCUGAAUUGUCCCCUGCAGCUUUCUCCCCAUCCUCACCCCCAUCCCUUACCUCUCCUCCUUCCCCACCCUCCCUUCCACCCCUGUCCUCCACCUCCCUCCCUGCACCAGCUUUGCUCCUGGACCCCCUCACUGCUCUGCACCAGUCUGACAAAGGUGGAUCUUCUUCUGGCCAUGCAUCCUCCCUGUCCCCCUUGCCUCGGGCUACUCAGUCCCCACCCAAACAGACUCUUUUCUCUCCCUGCGUGGACGUCUUUGAACCAGGACCCCCCUGCUGGGAGGAUGAAGACGAGGAGCAGGAGGAGAAGGACAAUGACGAGGAUGAAGAUGAGGACAUGGGGGCUGAUGAGAGCCAGUACCGACACCGGCGACUCACUGGUGACUCUGGGAUCGAGGUGUGCAGGUGUCGGGUGGAGGACGAGGACGAGGAGGAUGAGGGGGAAAGCAAGGAGGAAGGCAGGAUAGGAGGAGGAGAAGGGGAGUGUGACAAGAAAGGGGGUGGAGACACUGAUCUCCAUGACAGCAUGGACUGUCCUGUGAGAGGACAGAUGACCGCGGAGGAAGGACUCGCACUGUGUACCGCCACGCCAACAUCCGAAGACAGCAGCAAAGUUGUCAUUGUCAUGGAGACGGUGUGACGGACAUGAAUGGUCGGAUCAAAGCAUCCAGACAAGAGUUGAACACGAGGUGAAUGACGCCGCUUCAAACUGAUUUUCUGUUCCCACAGAAAUGAUUGUAAUUGAGUUGGGUCGCAUUAAUACGCCUCCACAGGUAUCAGAUGGUUGAUGGGAUGAGAAUCAUCACAAAGCUUUAUGACACGUUUCAUUCAAAGCAUUUUGGGAAUGGAAAGGAACAUUAGGACACAUAUUACAUGAGGCUGGAGAGUUGUCUAUUUAUGAAGAAUGUCUAAAACUCUACUUAAGGCUAAGAGCGGUCAGCAGCUUGUUCUGAAGUGUCAUCCGGUAAUAUUCUUUGCCAAAGCAAAUGUAGUCGAAGUUGGUGCUUUACAACCAGUAACGCUUCUGUUCAGUCUCGUGUGAAUCUCCCAGAAUCUCUACAACGAAUCUUGCAGAACAACCGAUGCCCAAAAUAGAACAAAAUGAGGCACAAUAAAUUUAGUAAAUGCUUUGGAAAGGACAUUAGGAGUUAAUUCAGUGUGUUGGAAUAAUUCUUCUUCAGCAACAUUUAAAAUUAGUUGUUUAUAAAGGUUUACAUUUAACACAAAGGAGAGAUCAAAUGAAACAGACUUCAGUGGUUGUAGUGUUUCGACCUACACUAGAGAGUAAAAGUCAGGAUAUUAUGGACCUUCAGACUGUGUUUACAUCCAUAGCAGCUUCUGAUAAACCAUUGCUGCAUUUCCUGGCAGUCAAGAGUUGUUUAGUUUGUAGAGACAUCAAAAAUCCACCCGGUACAUUUAACCAAAGCUACUGGUGACUACAAGCUUGCUAGCUAGUCACGUUAGCACAUUAAGUAGUGUUCCAGUUGGAUUUAAACAGCUGCACAUCUUGGUUGUAUGUCUUUUUCUGUUCAUAUUAUGCUUUCGUUAGUUUUAGAUUAUUGUUGUGUCUUCGAAUGGCACUUUUUUAAAAAAAAUGCAAAUCUGACAAAUCAUCUCUAGUUUAUUGGUUUCUCCUUUCAUAUUUGGCUUCAAAUCAAAAUGUGUCCCCAGCAACUACAUCCCUGAUGUUAAAGUCAGUAGAUGCUCAUAAAAAAAGUAGAGUUGGUUGAAUAUUGGUAGUGUGUUGAGAUUAGCAGGUGGUGGCGUUAGUCAGCAUGGAAGUAGUGCAGCUGUUUUUUACAGAUAAAUGUUAAUAGCGCAGCUGUUGAACCCUCACGGGUCGUAAACAUGGGAACCUUCUGUCUAACGGCGACCCUUACAGAAGUGACGCUUUCUCUCGUUCGUCAAGAAACUCAGAACUUAAAAUAGUUGAACGUCUACCCGGAGACACCUCGCCUGUCUCAUGUGAUGACGAAGGUUUGGAAAAGCUCCGCGGACAGAUUGGCUGUUUUGGAAUCGAAGCAAGGCAGAUGUAGGAGGAUGAUUCACGCUGACUGACAGUGGGGAAGACUGAUUCAUUCAUGAAGGCGACGUUUUGAAGCGGAAUUAGGUGGGGCGUUUUCAGAUUUCUGUCCCGGUCCGACUCACUCGGUGCGGAGGGUUUCGGGGCGGAUGGAUCGGUCGGCUUCCUGCGCAGACAAAAAGCUCUGACGGGAACAAAAGCUAAAACAAUGGGCACUUUUAGACGGAAACAAAGCGUCAAACAGAGUAGAGACGGAAGACGUCAUCAUCCCCGUCUUUGCCUCUUUCUCUGAGAUGAAACAAUAAACACCACAGAGCCGGUCUGAACAAUAAAGCUCUGCCUUUUGUUUUGUGCAUCUCUGCAUUCAUAGACACCUCUCCUCCUUGUCAGAUUCACCCAACAAGUCAGAGCAGGGCUUUAAAAUGAAACUGGGAUUUCCAUUGAGGCCGUCAUUGUAACAUAUUGAUGUUUCGUACGCUGUAAGCUCAGUAGGCGUGUCGAUAUUAAUAUUUUGUGACAGAAAGACAUGAAGGUAGAAUAUAUUUUGUCAAUGAUUUGUAUAGUACAUGCUGGUGUUUUUCAAAUCACCGUAGAAUCUGAAAUGAGUAAAGAGCAAUAUUUUUCAUCAGCAAGAGUCCGAAAAAACAAAAAACACAGCUUCAGAGAGGCUUGAUAGUGAAGCAUUGUUGAGUAUCUGUGGUUCAAGCAAUUUCUGCGCUCGAAAACUUUCGAACAAGCCUUCUUCUUGGAGGUUUUCACUCAGCAAAAGCAGGAUUUCCAACAAGCUUGACGGGGCUGCGCCAUCACAUUUGUGGAGGUCAAAACAAAACCCAACAUUCGGUCCGCUUGUUAUCUCGUGUCAGAGAACCCGGUUGGAGCACAAAGGUGAGAUGCCUCUUAGUUUUUCGUACACCUGCUCCCACAAAGUGCACUUGUUUUUGCGACUGGUAAUGUGAGCUGCACUGGAAAGUUUCACAAAUGUGCGGCACGUUGGAAAAGUCAAUCUUUAGUGGCGUUUAGCAGAUUGCACCAGCAGACGAUUGCUUGAACCAGAACCGUGAGAAUGUUCUGACUUCGUCUCAGAGGGUAAAGACUUGGAGCAUCUUCUAUCGAUUGGAAUUCUGGUUGACCGAGUCUUAAACCCUGUGACCAUGCUGCAUUACAAUAUCAUUCUUGACAGAGGUACCCAUAGGAUGGACAAAGUUAAUUAUUCUGACAAAAGCAUCGUCCUGCCAUUAGAAGGACGCGACAGAGCGGAUGAUUUCACACCUUUUGGUACUCGAUUGGGAUCCUGAGAAGGGAUUUCGUGUGUGGUUGGACGUCUUUGAGGAGCUUGUAGAAGCUCUAGGACCUUCUCUGGAAAGCUCAAGGGUGACACCGAGCCAUCGAUGUUGUGGUUGAUGUUGUGGUUGAUGGUGUUUUUUGUUUACCUGAACUAAAAAGGUUAUAUAUCUUCAUGGUUGCAGAGUGCCAUUUCUACUUGACAACUGUUACUACUUUAGGAUUAGAUAGAGCCGUUCUUGCUCUGUGUGAAUGUGGACUUUUGAGCAGAGUGAAUGAAGGAGUGUUGUCUGAAAUCUGUCUGUAGCUCAGGUUUCCAAAGGAUGUCCAGCCCUGAGAUAUAGAAAGUUUUGGGAGUAUCUGGAAUCUCACCAGAAAUCUGCCUGUAGUAACUUCUAAACAGAUCAAUGAAGGCAUUCGUGAUCAGACAGAACCAAUGAUUUUAGUAACUGGUUGGAUCUUCUAAAUCACUGAAGGUCCCGUCUGUUCUCUGGAGGCGUCAAAUCAGAUCCAAAACCAAGUUCUAGCAAAUAGUUUGGCACAAAUUUGAGAAUUUCAUCUGUUUUCAGACCUGUGAACUUUUGUAAUUUCACCCUUAAAAGACAUCUGCCCCAUGAAGCCAUUUUAAUGGUUCAAUAUCUCCAGAAAUAGAACUCCUGCAGCCAUGAAAUGUGGUGAGAACAGACAGAAUAGUUCAAUCAGAUCAGAAUGAUUAAAAAGACCCAGCAGAAGACACAGUUAUUAUUUAUUAGCCUUUGAAAAUAAAUGAAAGUGCAAAAUUUUCCAACAGAGAUGGUAUAGUAUCUCUAUGAGUAAGUGUAUAUCUAUGGAUGGAUCCAUAUUUCUACUAAAAUACAGUCUCUGGUCCACAUUUAACCAACUUUGAAGACUCUAACAUCAGUAGAAUCUGAUGUGUGGAAAGUUUGACCAGACAAUGUUCCAUUUUUUUGCCAUGUUGGAGUGAAAUCUGUCCAAAAUGACUCAAAAGCAUUCAAAUUUACUGAAGUGUUGUUCAAAAUAACAUGAACAUUGUCCAAAAUGACUCAAAAUUUGGCCAAAAAUGCCAAUAUUUAAGGUUUAUUGGCUCUGAAAAAUGGAAAAAGUGCAAAAUUUUCAAACAAAUGUGGUAUUAUGUCACUGUAAAAUUCCAAUAAGUGUAUAUAAAUGAAUGGAUCCAUCUUUCUACUAAAAAUACAGUCUUUGGUCAACAGCUCUCCAACUGUUUAGGCUCUAACGUCAGUAGAAUUUGAUAUGUAGAAAGUUUGACCAGACAAGGUUCUAUUUUUUUGCUAUUUUGGAGUGAAAUCUGUCCAAAAUGACUCAAACCAUCCAAAUUUACUAAAAAGUUGUUCAACAUAAGAUGAGGAUUGUCCAAAAUAACUCAACAUUCGGCCAAAAAUGCUUAAAACUUAACAAACUUACCACGGACAAAGAAACUACAUAAGCCAGCCCACCAAACUUGCCAGUGCUACAUGCUAAUGCUAACUCUAACUGCUAAUUGCUUAAAUACUUCACUACUUCUUCCAAGCCCACCACAGACAGAGACUAUAGAAGCAGACUUCGUAUAAGAUUCAAGUACCAAUUGCUAAUUGCUAGUCGCUAAUGCUAUCUGAAAAGAAAAAACAAAAGAAGACAAGGACACAGCCACUACCUUAGACCACAGACUUACCUGAGAUGGCCACAUGGUCCCAGAGAGACUCUAACAGGCCACGCCUCCACCUGAUCUACAUUUCCUCUUCCUGGAUCUCUGCCCAUUGGUUGAGGGAACAUAAUGCGGGGAAAGCAGAGUGAAGAAGUAAAAUAAAGAAAAAUGUCCAAACCGACUCAAAAAAAUGUCCAAAAUGAAUUCAAACUUGUCCAUAUUUCUCAUAAUUUAUUUAAAAUGUCUCCAGACCUGUCCAGGAUGAUUAAAAGUCUCCCCAAAAUGAGUAAAAUGUGUCCAAAACUACCUUAAAAAUGGAAAGAAAUGUGCAAAUGUUCAAUCCAGGCUGGUAUUGUGUCUCCAUACAAUUCCUGUAAUUGUCGAUAUAUAUGGAUCCCUCCAUAGAUAUAAACACUGACAGGAACUUUAUGGGACACUAUAAUAUCCUAGUUUGAUAAUGUUGCACUUUGUUCAAUUUUCAUUGCCAAUAAUUAAUCAGUAUUGUCAUUUUGGAUGGUUUUGAGUCUUUCUUGGCAGGUUUCCAGUUACUGUGGACGUUAUUCAUCUUAUGUUGGACACAUCUUUAUACAUUAUGGAUAAAUGAAUCGUCUUUGGCUGAUUUAAAGUCUAAAUAUCUAAAAUAUGGAACCUUGUCUGGUCAAACUUUCCCCACAUCAGAUUCUACUGAUGCUAGCAAAAGUUGGUGAAAUGUUGACCAAAGACUGGAUUUUAGUAGAAAUAUGGAUCCAUCCAUAUUUUUACGGGGACUUUUUGGAGACACUAUACCAUGUUUGUUUUGUUUACUUUUAUCCAUUUUCAAGGACCAGUAAUUUAAAAAUGUUCUCAGCCGGGAACAGUUUUGUCCACGUUCUCACCAAACUGCAAUACUGUCAGAGUUUUGAGUAUUUUUUGGAGAUCCUUUAAAUGGACUAAAAUAAAUUGUUUUUUAGGGUGAAGUUCAUAUGAAAUUCUCAACAUUCAACUAAAGUAUUUUACAGAACUUAGUUUUGGGUGAAAUAACAGCUAAGUGAAAUCUGAGACGGUGGAGGAACACUGCCGUCGACCUCCAUGGUUAUUGUCCUGGCGACUGUAAGGCCGGAGAUAUACUUGUGUUCUACCUACGCAUUCACGUCUAUGACCAGCUACGUCAUGAAUGUAACCAUUCACACAUUUGCCUUUUCACUGGAGGAUUCGAGACGAGAAUCAGAUGGAACAGGACAAACAUGGCGACACAUGAGGAACUUUAUGUGAUGUUUUAUGCAUCAUCGACUCCUGAGGAUGAGCACAAACAGAUGCAGGACACACGAACACAUGGUUAAAACAAAGUUUAUCUCCUGCUGUAGCUUCAGUGAGGCGCCAGCAUUGGUUGGAGUUGGACCUAACGGUCAGGACGUUGUGUUGUCUUAGAUGUUCUGGUGGCGAAGUCAAGGCAUGAUAAGGGCUGGAUAACCUUUGGAAACCAUCGUCUUUCUGUCUUUUUGUUGAGAUGUUUAAUCCAAACAUGUUUCUGAACAAUUCCGACCGGAUUCACAUUCAGAAGUUUAGAUUCAACCCAAAGAUCGAUCCCAGAGUAGUGAUCAGCUCCACUACUCUCAAGUCUGUAGUGAUGCAGACAUUUACAGAAAGAGUAGAUCCACUAACCAUCUAAUCCAACUAAACACUGGUGAUCAUCUGAAAGGGUGACUGAACUUCGUCAGGAUGGUUUCAGUUUAACUACAAAGUUCCAGUCACCUUUAUGAAAGUUUUAUAUUUCUUGCAAACAGUUGUAGUUCAGCUUUGGAAUCGUUGCCGCAACUUUGCAGCAAGUCGUAUUUCCAAAUACAAAUUAUACGUGUAUCAAACCUGCAGCGGGUUUAGCAGUAACUUUGGAAAAGUCUUUGUUGAUUAGCUCCUUUAUCCUUAGACAGGGCUUGAUUCAGUCACAUCUCCACAACCUUCCUGUUAAGAGGCGACGGUGCUAACCAGUCAGGAAGUAGCACGAAAAUCAACCUCGAAAUAAUACACUAUGACUUUGUCUGAGAGCCUUCAAGAGUCAACUGGACAUCUCUUUUAGAUUCUUCAAGAAGUUUCACCUUCAGCCAAGAGGAUUCUUCAGAGUGCUAAAACACCUGAAACUCAGUCAAUUAGAAGUGAAGAUGCCUCUUGGAUGAAGGUGAAACAUCUUUAAGAACCUAAAAGAAAAGUCCAGGUUGUUUUCUACCAAAGCUCCCAGGAUCUACUCAGAUGUAGUUCAAUCAGCGAGUUUCCAGCUCGAUUUCCUGUCUAACCCUGAUCCUUAUCAUUCGUUCCCCUGCAUCACUCCACAGUAAGAAAGUACAAUAUGACUUUUGCUGCAGAUUUGUGGGAAAACUACCAAAGUUUGUCUACAACUGUCUUCCAAGAUGACAGACUAGUAGCACAUUUAUUACUAGAAGUUUAGCACCACUAGCUAACUGUUGUCACAACCCAUCAGUGGUGGGAAACUUCUCAUUAUUGCCAGAUUGUUGCUCAAGGCUUGCAUCUGGUGGUAAUUUUCUUUCUGCAGUGUCUUUGCUGCUUGUUGGCCUCAAGUUUGUCUCAAAUUUCUACUUUGGUGAAACGCCAUGAGUGGAAAUCCACCAUGAGAUCCUACCGGAGGAACUGAAGGACUCUUAGUCAUACUGUGGGUCAUCAUUCAUGCAUUUAGAACAUCCUAUUUAAAUGAUCUUUGACCCUGAGACUCCAUUCAAACUCAGAUGUUUAAUCAGCGUUUGCUCAUUGGAAGCAGCUCCACCUGUGGUUUAUUUAUUUUACUAAAAUGUUGUUUCCACUGUAGGAGUCCUUCCUGUCGACUCGAUGCUUUUCUCUUCCUCCUGGUUUGCAUGAGGUUUCUGUCGGAGGAGUCAGAGGAAGCAGAGAAGAGAUCGGUCGUUAAAAUCCCGAUGCUAAUUAUUGGUAUUGGUAGUGUGUGUGUGUGUGUGUGUGGAUGUACGUGUGUGUGACCUAACUAAACCAGCCUGUUCUAAAAGUGUGUGAAACUAUACUGAAUAAAACUGUCAAAUCUCAAA